AUGACAUUUUUCACUGUCCUGCUGCUGGCCAGCCUGGCCUCCACCUCUCUCGCCGUCCUUAAUGAGCCAGAAGAUGAAAUCCACUGGGAGACUCAGCCCACAGAUGCUCAAAAGUCUCAAGCUGGCAUCCCUCAGAAUGCCCAGUUCACCGCUAGCAGCCACCCCGGGAUGGACCAUGUCUCCAAUGAGGACUUUUCUAAGGAAAGUUUUAACUCCCAAGAAGAGCUGAUUUCCAAAGAGAAUGUUGUGAUAAAAUCUGCUGGACAAAAGAGUCAAAACCCUGAGCUGCUUCACCCCAUGCCACAAGAGGACAGUUUCAGAAAUGCUGAGCUGCAAUCAGAAGAGACCGCAGAACUCACUCCCAUGGCUGCAAUCACCUCAGAGGGAAAACUGCCCAAGUUUGGCCAGAAAAUCGGGAAGUAUCUGGACAAAGCAGCAAAAGAAAUCACGAACUCUCUGCAAAGCCUAAUCCCUAGCGCCAAUGAUGUCAUGAGGCCCUAA